AUGUUCCGGGGCCAGCGCGCCUGGUUCUCGCAGAGUGUCGGCUCGGGCCCGCGGAAAGUCUGGGUGGCUAGUGGCGGGGCGCUUGCCCACUGGAGCGAUGCAGACUUCCUCUUCAGCAGUGAUGCCGCCCACCCGGACACCCGCAGAAUACAUGAGAGUCUUGAUUACUUGGAGGGCAGAGCUACAGUCUUUCACUCUCAAUACCUCUCUGCGUGGGCGAGCACCAGUAUGGGAGCAAAGCCAUUAGUGGUUCUGGGCCACUUUGUCCUGCCACCUGCCUGCCUGCAAAAAGAAAUCAGGAGGAAAAUUGGUGGUUUUAUCUGGGAGCAGGUGGAUGUUUCACUGUCAGAACAGCAUCCCAACAACCUGAUGGAUGAACCAGGGGCAGUGAGAAAAGGCUGUGAGGAAGUGGAUGAUGUGCUGGAACUCGAUGAAAGCAAUGAAGAAGAAGCCAGCUCCAGAGCACUAGCCCAGGUGGAGUUUCCCUGCUAUGCCCUCCAAGGAUACCCAAUGAAUAACAUGGUGACAGGCUACGCCUCUGCUCACCACAUGAAGAAAUACACCGGAGAGCUCCAUGAUUUCAUUCCUGGCACCUCAGGCUACACUGCUUAUUGGAUCCAGAAUGAAAUUAACAUUUACUCUGAUGUCAAGACUAGGAUGAAGUGAGAAUUUUAACAGGUGGUUGUUGGCAUCAAAAACUUAAAAGCAAAGCU